UUGACCUUUAUUUCCUAUGCUUUUUUACACGCGAGUCGAAAGGCUUUCGGCAACCUUAAGCCUUCUCUAAUCUCCAUCUGGAUCUCUUAUGAAUCCAACAAUUCACUCAAGCCAGCACCUAGUAUCCAAUGGGACCGAGGCAGCCUUUUCGAAAAUUCCGCUCAAGCCAAUACAUUUGUGGGGCUACUCGAUUCAGUAUUUAUGGCUUCUUAUGCAUUUGGGCUUUAUGUGAGCGGUUGGAUUGGAGAUCGGUUAGAUCCAAGACUUGUUUUGUCUUCUGGCAUGUUACUUACCUCUUUGACGGUUUUCCUUUUUGGUGUUUUUACGGAGUGGAUCCAUUUAUACAGCAAGCCGUUUUACGUCAUCAUUUGGAUUUUUAAUGGAUUAUUUCAAUCGACUUGUUGGCCUUCCGCCGUUGCAAUCGUCUGCAAUUGGUUUGGAGAAUCUCGCGGUGUUAUAUUUGGUCUCUGGACCGCAUGUGCAUCUGCUGGGAAUAUCUUCGGUGAUCUACUAGUUGGUUCCAUAGUUCCUUAUGGGUAUGACUAUGCAUUCGCUGUUCAUUCUGCCUUGCUUAUUUCCAAUGCACUCAUUGUUUAUUCUGGUUUGAUUGUUCAUCCCAAAGAACUGAAAAAUGUCGACACAUCUGCUUACACUCCAAUUGCCAGUGAGGAAUAUGAGGAAGAGAUAGAUGUUGAUAAUAUUUCAGACACUGACUUAAGUCACACGCUGGCUGCUUUCUCAAGGACUAACGAGGAUCGUGUAUUAUCCUUCCGUCAGGUUCUUCUCUUGCCUGGAGUCAUCCCUUACUCGUUUGCUUACGCCUGCCUCAAGAUGGUGAAUUAUGCAUUUUUCUUUUGGUUACCACUUUACCUAGACUCAAAUUUUCAUCUGUCCCCCAGCAUGGCUUCUGAGUUUUCUGCAUUCUACGACCUUGGUGCAAUAAUUGGAGGUCUGGUCGCUGGGUUCUUAUCGGAUCUUCCUUUUCUCUUCCUAUCUAGAAGCUGUGUAAAUAUAGGGUUUCUUUUAUUUUCGGUUCCUGCUCUCAUUGCAUACAGUACUAUUCCGGCUUCUCCUUUAUCCCUUAAUGCCUUUGUCUUGUUCUUAACGGGCUUUUUUACCGGUGGGCCCGCGACCGUAAUAAGUACUGUCAUUGGUGCCGAUGUUGGCACUCGCCCUGAAUUGUGUGGUUCAAAAGCCCUGGCUACUGUUACAGGAAUCAUUGAUGGGACUGGUAGUGUUGGUGCCUCUGUCGGGCAGCUUCUCGUUCCCGUCCUAAAAAAUGCAUAUGGAUGGUCUUCAGUUUUUCAUUUCUUCAUUGCCUCUAUACUUGUUGCCAUAAUCAUGAUACUUCCAAUAUACGUUAAAGAGCUUAUUAACAAUCGAGUUCGGAUACGAUCCCGACUGGAAACUACCUGA